CACACAGCCAGCUCCUCUCUGAGAGCACAGUCUCUGUUUGGAUAUGGCGCAGCAAGGAGUUCAGCUGGACCGAGAGUCAUUCUCUUGUUCAAUCUGUCUGGAUCUACUGAAGUAUCCGGUGACUACUUCCUGUGGACACAGCUACUGCAUGCACUGUAUUAAAAGCUUCUGGGAUGGAGAGGAUGAGAAGAAGAUCUACAGCUGCCCUCAGUGUAGGCAGACCUUCACAGCGAGGCCUGUCCUGCUGAAAAACACCAUGCUGGCAGAUUUAGUGGAGGAACUGAAGAAGACUGGACUCCAAGCUGCUCCUCCUGAUCACUGCUAUGCUGGACCUGAAGAUGUGGCCUGUGAUAAACACAAGCUGGUGGAGCCCUCCAAGAAGCUCCAGGAGAAAGAAGAAAGGACCGAGAGGCAGAGAGAGCUGGAGGUGAGUCUACUCAACAUCCAGCAGAGGAUCCAGGACAGAGAGAAAGAUGUGAAGCUGCUCCAACAGGAGGUGGAGGCUGUCAAUCGCUCUGCUGAUAAAGCAGUGGAGGACAGUGAGAAGAUCUUCACCGAGCUGAUCCGUCUCAUGGAGAAAAGAAGCUGUGAUGUGAAGCAGCAGGUCAGAUCCCAGCAGAAAAGUGAAGGGAGUCGAGUCAAAGAGCUUCAGGAGAAGCUGGAGCAGGAGAUCACUGAGCUGAAGAGGAGAGACGCUGAGAUGAAGCUGCUGUCACACACAGAGGAUCACAACCAGUUUCUACUCAACUACCACUCACUGGCACCGCUCAGCGAAUCUACAUCCAGCAUCAAUAUCCGUCCUCUGAGCUACUUUGAGGACGUGACGGGGGCUGUGUCAGAAGUCAGAGAUAAACUACAGGACGUUCUGAGAGAGAAAUGGACAAACGUCUCACAGACUGAAGUGGAUGUUUUACUGUCACAACCAGAGCCCAAGACCAGAGCUGAAUUCUUACAAUAUUCACGUGAAAUCAAACUGGAUCCAAACACAGCAUACACGCAGCUGUUAUUAUCUGGGGGGAACAGAAAAGCAACAUUAAUGGGAGAAGAACAGUUUUAUCCUAGUCACCCAGACAGAUUCACUGAUUGUCAUCAAGUCCUGAGUAGAGAGAGUCUGAUUGGACGUUGUUACUGGGAGGUGGAGAGGAGAGGAGUUCAUGUAGCAGUCGCAUACAAGAGUAUCAGGAGAGCAGGGAUGACGAAUGAAUGUUGGUUUGGACACAAUAACAAGUCUUGGGCGUUAAGAUGUGACAUCAACUGUUAUAGCUUUUUGUACAACAAAGUCCUAACUCCCGUCUCAGGUCCUCAGUCCUCCAGAAUAGGAGUGUACCUGGAUCACAGUGCAGGUAUUCUGUCCUUCUACAGCGUCUCUGAAACCAUGACUCUCCUCCACAGAGUCCAGACCACAUUCACUGAGCCUCUCUAUGCUGGACUUUGGCUAACAUGUUAUGGAGCCACUGCUGAGUUGUGUAACUGAACUAGACAGAAGUCAUUUAAGGGUUAAAUUCUGUGUUUUAACUCUUAUAUUCAUUCUGUCUCCAUGUUUGUUGCUGAGAGCUGAUUGUUGUGUCAUUUCUCAGCUGUCAAUCAAACAUUAUGGUGAUUCUUUGACAUCUUCUCAUGAGUUGUUCUGUAAAUGUGUGAGUGUCUUCAGGUGGCGCUCCUUCCUGUGCCUGUUUCACUGAUCAUGAUGAUGUUUGUUUACCUGAACUGACUUUUUUUAGGUUGUUCCACUGCAUGAGUCUUGAGAGAGAAAGCACCAGGCCUUCCUUUACUGUAUGUUGUUCUCACCGCUUUGUCACUGUAAUUAUCCUGAUCAUAAUCAAUAAGGAGAUCCUUCAAUAUUCUCUUCUACAUCGCUGAGAUUCUGCUCAAACCAACUGAUUGUGUUAAUGAAGUGAAUCUGUACAUGAUUACUGAUGGGAUGUGUGAACAAACUGAAGGUUUACAUGAUGAAUAAACAAACAAGAACAAA